GACAACUACAAACCAAAUCUCAAGAUGAAAUUCGUUAUUGUAUUCUCUGCUCUGUUCGCCGUUGCCAUGAGCGCAGCUAUCUCCCAGGACUCAGCUCACGCUGACACCCUCCGUUAUGACAACGACAACAUCGGAGUUGAAGGAUACAAAUACGCUGUUGAGACCAGCGAUGGCAAGUCUGCCAGCGAAGAAGGAGUCUUGAGCAACCUUGGCAAGGAAGGUGAAGCUCUUGUUGUCCGUGGACAAUACAGCUACGUCGCACCCGAUGGUGUCACCUACACCGUCACCUACAUCGCUGACCAAAACGGUUUCCAACCACAAGGUGCUCAUUUGCCAGUUGGUCCCGAAAUCAAGUAAAUAAAUUGAUCUUGUGAUCAUCGCUUGAAGGAAAUGGUGCGUUUGUGUCGUUGAAGUUUUACUGAUUGAUCGUUUUUUGUCAAUUGGUUGACUCGAUAACUUACAAAUGGAUAUAGCUUUUGAAAGAAUCGAAAUAAAAA